GGACACACCUCAACUUUGUCAAUCACUUGUGACCAUUAAAGACAAAGAACGGGGCGAAGAGGAGAUUCCUGUAUAUCGAGGCUCUGAAUGCACCACAGACGACUUUCUGUCAGGUUUUUGGCUCUUAGAUCAUGUUUGAAACCUUAAAUAAACGCAUUCAGGACUGUCUGGCGGAACGGAGAAGUCGCAGGACCAGACUGGUGACUAAAGACGGCCGCUGCAACAUUGAAUAUGGAAACAUCAAGUACAGCAAGCACUUCGCCUUCCUGGCCGAUUUCUGGACCACCUUCGUGGAGAUCCGGUGGCGUUUCGUCCUCUUCUUCUUCAUCGCCUCCUUCACCCUCAGCUGGUUUAUCUUCGGCCUUCUGUGGUACUGGAUCGCCCGCAGCAACGGAGACCUGACGUGGCAAAACCCCGCCUCUGAUCACACGCCGUGCGUGGACAAUGUGGUGGGACUGACCACGGCGUUCCUCUACUCCCUUGAAACACAGACGACCAUUGGGUACGGCGGCCGGGCGCUCACGCCGCUCUGCCCGGGCGCCGUGGCCCUCCUCAUCAUCCAGUCCCUGCUCGGAGCGAUUAUUAACUGUUUCAUGUGUGGAGUCAUCCUGUCCAAAAUCUCCCUGCCGAAAAAGAGAGCUAAAACCAUCUCGUUCAGUGAGAUGGCCGUAAUAUGCCCCAAGAACGGCACGCUCUGCUUGCUGAUCCGAGUGGCCAACCUGCGCAAGACCCUGAUGAUCGGAAGCCAAAUCUACGGCAAGCUGCUGAGAACGACCAACACCCCGGACGGGGAGACGAUCAUCAUGGACCAGGUGAACAUUGACUUCAACGUGGACGCGGGGAAGGAUAACCUCUUCUUCGUCUGCCCGCUCACGCUCUACCACAUCAUCGACAAGAGCAGCCCUUUCUUCGAGAUGGCGGUCGACACCCUUCACAAGCAAGAGUUUGAGCUGGUCGUCUUCCUCGACGGCACGGCGGAGUCCACGAGCUCCGCCUGCCAGGUGCGGACUUCUUUUAUCCCGCAGGAGAUCAUGUGGGGCUACAACUUCUUGCCCAUCAUCUCCAGGAGCAAAGAGGGCAAGUACAGGGUGGACUUCUCCAACUUCUCCAAAGUGGUGCCAGUGGCCACGGCGCACUGCGCCUACUGUUUCCACAACAUCAAAGGGCAUCAUCACCUCUUCAGAGAAGGACACGACAACCAGGCAUUCGAGGUCAUCGACAUCGGCGAUGCUUCAAACGUCACUAAAAUGUGAGACUGUGGGACAAACCAAAGUCUAGUUGCUCGUAUGUCACAGUGACUGAUUUUUCAAAGAUAAGCGAGACCGGGAGGCUUAAGUGUCAUGCAGUUUGAAACUACGCACCAUUUAGCAUUUGAAUAAGAAAUGAAGAAACCCACUUAUUCGUAAGCCCUUUGUGUUCAGUACAGAUAAGAAAGCUGUCUGCAGGGUCAGGAGCGUUAUUGUGAAUUGUUUGUAUUGGAAACCACGCCUGCUACUGUCCGUUGACCAAAAACCUGUUUUCAAAAGAGAAGCCAGGCCGUACAAGACGAAGACGUGAUGCUGCGAUGGUCAAAAACAUGAAGUUACUGUUCACUGAUGCACAGUGCUGCACUCAGACAUUAUAUUAUACUAUAUUAAAUGAUGCUGUUUAGAAAGUUCAUCACCAGCAGGGUUGGGCUCUGAGGCCAGUCUCUCUCUGUAUUUGUGGUAAUCUUCUUGAGUGAAGCCUGUGUGAGUGAACAAAGGUCCCAGGAAACACUCUGAAUUUUCUGCACACAGCACAGACUUAGCAUGAAACGCCAUUGUGUUUGUGAAGUGUUUUUGUUGUUAUUGUUUGUUUUUAAUCUCAGGGGGAAAAUACAGCAAAAUAAAGGCUAUU